UUCACUUAAAAAUAUAUCAAUGUUACCAUUAAAAAUAUACUUCUAGGUUCUUUAUCUAUUGUACUUAUUUCCACGCUGAUCCGAUUUUCGAAGCGCUGAGUGUAGAGGAAUGUACCAGCUGAGGGAUAAAGCGAGUUGCAUAUAACCAGGCGCGCUAUGUCGAGCGGUUCGUCCGCCGACAGGCGUAAAUGGCUAUCACGCGACUGGAAGGUAAGUGAGGGUGGGGAAGAGACAGGCGGACAAGUUCAGCGGCGCAAGUAUCGAUUCAGUCCCGCACAAACCACCCCUGUGUGUUGUCGCGAGCGCUGCAGCGACAGCAGCACACUCGAGUUUCGCUUUCGCCAUGCCCACUGUUGACACAUAAACACAAGCGCGCGGCGACGUGAAAAAACGCUGAUACAAGGUGGCCCGUCGUCGUCGUCGCUAAGAACACACAGCAAAACAAACGGAAUAUCGUUCACGUCGCCGUCAUCGUCUCACGCCAAUCGGAUAUCUCGCAAACUACGUGCCGGAUUGUAUGCCGCGCCAAUCGCGAUUAUUGAUUCUCUCAGGCGGUGUGUUUUCGUUUUUUCUUUCUCUUUUUUCCACCCUUUUCCGACAGAUAGGAUCGUCGUCGCGCGGCGCGACGCAACGCGUGCCGAAGGAGUGGAGGGGAACGUGGCGUGAAUCACACGCGCGCCGCCGUCAUCCCUCCGUGGACGCCGUUCACUCGCCCGUGAGCGCGUCGUAACACGACGACGAGUGCCGCCGGCGCGCGGCGUCAUUCGCAAAGGGAGGACCGUCGCCACGUACGACCACCGACGUCGCGGCCGUCGGCCAUCGAAUAUGACGCGGCCCCGUCACCCGCUGAGAGAACCGUGUUACUCUUGACUACCAACCGCGGCUACCGUGAGACGCGCGCGACAAGUGCGGGACGAGACGAGAGCUGAGGAGCGUCCGAUCGUGAUAUCAUGUCUUCGAUAUCAGCACAGGGCGUCGUCGAACGUGCCAGCGCCGAACUGACGAAGCGAAUUAACGGCCUGGGAUUGCGGACGUCGAAGCAUCAUGGUAGCGGAAAGACCAGUGUUAUGGAACGCGUGACGAAUGUUUUCUGUGGCGGUAGCGGCAGUGUGGCUUACAUGAAUUUACAAAGUGCGAAUAAUGCGAACGCAACACCUGAGAAACCUAGUCGAAGCACCGUGCAAACCAUUAACAAUGUGCCAGCGGGCAACAACAAAGAACGUUUGAACAAUGUCACCCCAAGUAGAGGCAGGAUAUCCAGAAACAGAAUGAAAAUGGCCGUUCCUCUAGCCAGCGGUGGAACGGGCGGCUAUGUGCCGCCGACCACGUGGGAACAAUUGAUGCUGGACGACAAUUUUCUUGGAAAAUUUUUUUUCUAUUUCAGCGCCACGGAAAGAAGAAUCUUGGCCCAGGUUUGCACGAGAUGGAGAGAUAUUCUGUAUGCGAGACCGCGUUUCUGGACGGGGCUGGUGCCUGUGGUGCGAUGCCGUGAGGCUCGCGCUAUGCAGCCAAACUCGCGUACCCGGCUGUAUGCCACCUUGGUAAGGAGAGGCUUCGACACGUUGGUCCUCCUAGGCGCGACCGACGAAGAUAUUCCGGAGUUGACGCGCGGUUUUCCGCUGGCACAGCGAUACGUGCACUCCUUGUCGUUGCGGUGUUGCGCAGUAACGGACAGAGGUCUUGAGGCUCUGCUGGAUCACCUACAGGCUUUGUACGAGCUUGAGUUGGCCGGCUGCAACGAGAUAACGGAAGCCGGUCUGUGGGCAUGCCUCACCCCCAGAAUAAUAUCGUUGUCUUUGUCGGACUGCAUCAAUGUCGCCGAUGAGGCUGUCGGCGCCGUAGCUCAGCUAUUGCCGAGCCUUUAUGAAUUCUCUCUGCAAGCUUAUCAUGUUACCGAUGCUGCGCUUGGUUACUUCAGUGCGAAGCAAAGCAGCGCACUCAGCAUCUUGAAACUGCAAUCCUGCUGGGAGCUCACAAAUCACGGUGUAGUAAAUAUUGUACAUUCCUUGCCCAAUCUGACUGUGCUAUCGCUUUCUGGAUGCAGUAAAGUAACGGACGACGGCGUUGAAUUAAUCGCGGAAAACUUGCCAAGACUUCGUUCCUUAGAUCUGAGCUGGUGCUCAAGAAUUACAGAUGCAGCCUUAGAAUAUAUUGCCUGUGAUUUGAAUAAUUUAGAAGAACUCACGUUAGAUAGGUGUGUACACAUCACGGACAUUGGCGUUGGUUACAUUUCCACGAUGGUAUCGCUGAGCGCAUUAUUCUUGAGGUGGUGUUCGCAACUUAGAGAUUUCGGACUUCAACAUUUAUGCGUCAUGAGAUCUCUGCAGGUGUUGUCCGUGGCAGGUUGCCCAUUGCUCACAAGUAGUGGUUUAUCUAGUCUGAUACAGCUUCGACACUUACACGAGUUAGAAUUAACCAAUUGUCCAGGAACGUCGCGAGAACUGUUUGAUUAUUUACGUGAACAUCUACCGCGUUGCCUAAUCAUCGAAUAAACGAUAUUUGAUAAGAGCACAAUAUCCGCGAAUAAAAUUCCUUUACAUGCGGAUGUAUGUGUGAAACGGAAAGUGUUUAAACUGCGAGAAAGCAAUAUUUCGAACAAAGAAUAGAGGUAGGCGAGCAUUGUGUAUAGAUAAGAAACAACUGACGUCCAGAUAAUGAAAGAACAUUAUGUUUUCCUCAUAAUGGUCUAAGAGAAACACUAGCCCUAAAAUGUGCAAAAUAUAACGCAUAGACAUUUUUAAUACAUUAACGUCCCAUGUUGCACUUCCGUUCGUAUUUUUUCAUUCUGCCACGCAAUCACAUUAUGGACACGCGAUCGUGUCUGUAUCAGUUACACGAGGCGGAAAGUGAAACUCUCAUGCCCAUGUAUUGUUGUAAUGAUCUUGUACAGUGAAUUCGAUAUUGUACAUUAGAAGAGAUUGAUAACAUCAGAAAGAAGAGAUCGACGAGUCCUUCUUUUUGUCUUCUAGUCAUGUAGAAAGUCCGAGUAAACAUACGACAAGAGACUCAACAGUUAGAACUGUGAUAAAUUUAUAUUGUAUGUAAUUUUAAUUGGUCCGCAUAUACGCAAAUCUAAACAAUUAUAUCAUUGAGCGCAUUCGACGGACACGACAGUCGCGAAAGUAGUCGAGUAGUGAAUCUAGGAGUAUGAGCCGCGAUUAGAUUUUAAUUGUUGCCCGAUUAUUUUUCACAGCAAAAUAAUCGGACAACGCGUCCUCGUCGAUACGCGCAUUCAGUGGGGACAAUAGUCGAACAACAAUGUUAAAUGUAAUCAGUAAUUAAAUACAAACGGUGUAUGUUUCUAUAUUCACUACUCAAUGUAACACAUUCCAGAUCACAUUAUCCGGCAAUCUAUUCAUGUGUAGGCAUAUAUGAAACAAUGUCGGGGACACAGGCGAUUACUCUUACCGUAUUAUUAUUUAUUCUCCGCAUUAGUACUCUUCUGUAUCUAAUGACGCUGCACCUACACAUGAAUGAUUCGUGUUAUUUGUUUGAUAAUGCGUGUUGUAGACGAAGAUUGAAGCUCACAGUUAUUGAACCCAGAAUAUGUAGUAGCAUCGUCAUCCGUACGUUAUCUUUAUAUAUACAUAUAUAUAUAUACAUAUAUAUCUCCGUGCAAUCAGUGUUUUCUAAAUUUAAGACUUUCCGCUAGCUGUAUUCUUUGUGAUUUCCCAUUAAGUAUAUAUUUAAGUAUAUAUUUAUAUAACAUAAAUUAGACAAGAUGUUUCGCAUCUUUUAAAUGGAUAAUAUAAUUUGAAUAAUUUAUUACGUGGAUAUGUCGUAUUGUAUACCUUUGAUUGGCAUGUUAUGUCAAAUAACUAGAUUAUUAACAAUCCAUAAUUUGUAACUAAAUAAGUGUAUUGUAUUAAUCAAUUUUAAUCGAGCGCUGUACAUUUGAGUUAUGCAUUAGGCAAGAAUAACGAGAAUAAGAUCACAGAAUGUGUCUUGAUUUAUAUCUAUCGCAUCAUUCGUCCUUAGAAUGCAAUUGUAAAGAUGCAGUGCGAUAUAUAUUGUGCGCAUUCAUAACGGAUCCAUUUUUUAAAUAAUUUUAUUACAAAUGUAUCUUAUACGAUACAUUAAUGAUUAACGGUUGCAGCAAUUUUGUUAAAUUGAAUUAUACAUAAUCCCUCAGAGCAAUUCGAUAGUACAGAUAUAAUUUUUAUGUAUUGUCACACAUGCUUAGCACAUGAUAUCUUUGUAUAUAUUGUACAAAUUAAACCUGAUAAUUCUGUUAUCAAUCAAAACUGAGCAUAAAUAUAUCCGCACAGAUAAAGUUGUACUGAAAAGCCAACUCACCAUUGUGAAAUACCAUUCACAGAUGCAACAUUUAAUGACAACACGAUAAUAUGAUGGAAUGUGCUGUGAAAUAAAAAUUUAUUGACCACAAA